AUGGGCAGCCCCCUUGCAGGUAUGCUAUGUGAAAUGAUACUAGCAACGCUAGAAAAUGCACUGUUGCCGAAGUAUGAGGUGCAAAUGAUAAUGCACGUUCGAUACGUAGACGAUGUACUUAUAUUCUGGAAUGCUAAACCCAACAUACAGAGUUUUAUAAAGGAUAUAAUUGACAAUAGAUUUGGUCUUGAGAUAGAGUUAGAGCAAGAAAACGAUAAGACCAUACAUUUCUUAGAUCUGUAUAUACAAAUUAACAGCUCAGGAGGGUUUACUACUAAAGUCUACAGAAAUCCCUCAUAUAACCCUACAUUUAUUUCUUGGAUCUCUCAUGAUCCUCCAGCAUAUAAAAUGGCAGCGUUCCGAGCCUUAAUUGCAAGAGCUUAUUCGCAUUGUAGCAAUACAAAAGAUAGAACGGAUGAAUUGAAUUAUAUGUAUAACUUAGCCAGAAAGUACGGGAUUAAUGUUAAUGCUAUUAUCAGCAAGAGCAUAAAGCGCCUUAAGAAGAGAAGUUUACCUAAUAAUGAAGGAAUUAUAACGAUGGAUUAUAACGCAUCGAUGACUAAUAUCUUUCAACGCAUCGGAAAAGCCAAGAAAAAAAGAAUCCUAUAUAAAAGAACCCCCACCACUUACCAGCUAUUGUGA